AUGCCAGCAGUUGUGGAAUCUAGUCCGGAAAUAACAGGUAAUUCGAAACUUUAGUUCUUUUUACAUAUAUUUUUUUUGAAAAUAAAGAAAUAUUUAUGUAGUUUACUCAUAUACCUGUUUUUUUGUUUAGGACCACAAAGAGAAGUGAUUUCAAUAUACAAUGAUGAUUUUACCACCCCGCCAUCCACACCUCAAUAUUUCAUCGAAGUUUAUCGCUGUGUUAAACUUGACUUUGGCGAAUGCUCUGGCACUGGACCGUCUACGUACCCGGUUCCAAAAACAACAGACGAAAUUGAGAUAGUGGUUCCGGAUAUAACUAACAAAGAUCGGUCAGAUAAAAAGAAGUUUUAUAAAUAUAUCGUUCAUAAUCACACGUCUUGUCAAUGUGGGAACAUAAAGUACAGGAAUGGUAGACUGUAUAAAACCAUAACUAAUAACGAAGGUUAGUCAAGCUUACACUGAGCAAAUAGAGAGUUUGCUCAUGACUUCACAGCCGCCAUGUUGGUGUUUCAAUGGACAAUUUGCAUUACAGACUAAAUUUUGAUCUCAACAAGUCUAGACAAAAAUUUCAUCACAGCUUGAAAGAGCAUCACAAAAUUAGUAAUAUUCCGAAGUUUCGUUGCGAAAUGUUGUAAAAUGCGGAUAAUAUAUCCCUGCGAAGUUUGCCGUUUUUCAGUCAUUUUCUAUUACAAAUGGGAAAUUGACAGCCCCAAAGGGUAUUGGGCUGUCAAUUUCCCCCCGCGUAAUGCAAAAUGACUCAGUGAAAAACGGCAAACUUCGCAAGGCUAUAUUAUCCGCAUUUUACAACAUUUCGCAACGAAACUUUGGAAUAUUACUAAUUGUGUGAUGCUCUUUCAAGCUGUGAUGAAAUUUUUGUCUAGACUUGUUUAGAUCAAAAUUUAGUCUGCUGUAUAAUACAAAUGGUCCAUUCAAUAUUACUAAUUGUGUGAUGCUCUUUCAUGCUGUGAUGAAAUUUUUGUCUAGACUUGUUUAGAUCAAAAUUUAGUCUGCUGUAUAAUACAAAUGGUCCAUUCAAAAGAAUUUGAAUUAGACUCUUUUGUCUGGAACAGCAACAUGGCCGCCAUGGCUUUUGUUGAGUAAAUUGGUCCCUGGGGAAUGAGUGAAAACGUUCUCAUACCAUGCAUAAUGUUACCUAAAAUGAACAUGUUUUGUGAUUAACGUUCUUUUGUUCUUUAGAAAAUUUCUUUUGUAAUUUUUAAUUAUUGUUAUAGUCAUAAAACAUGUUCCGAUACUACAGGAUGUCCCAAAAAACCCGAAAACUAUUGAAAUCACUUAUGGUUAAAAUUGAAUGCCCUACCAAAAAGCUGAACGUAAUGAUGCGUAAAGUAUUGACAAGGUGCAUAUAUUAAAAUUUAGUUAAGAACAUCUCCUUGUAAAGUGCGCGAUUUUCUGCUCUUGAGAAUUUAAAGCAGCUUCUGAAAUAGUUCCUUUAUGCAUAAAAUUUACUUAUGUCAAUCAUUUAUGCACUCGUGGGAACCAACAGAGUGCUUAGGCAUUCAAAUUCUAACAAUUAAAUUGUUAUUGGUGAUUUCAAUAGUUUUCGUUUAUCAAAAAAAAGGAGACCUUUAGAAAUCAAGCAUAUUGUUAAAAUUUGAAUGCCUUUUCAAUUGCACAUAUGCUGAACCGUAUUGCGUGAAAUAUUGAUGGAGAGCAUAUAUUAGAAAAAGGAGACCUCGAUAACACAUAUAAAGCGCGUUUUCCACUCCUGACAAAUUUGUUCGCGCGAAGCGUCUUUGUCGGCAUCGCUCUUGCUGAUGUGAUGACCAAUGCUGACAACGGAUAAAGGAGCCGUGCGCGUGACAAAUUCACCCCGGCGGUGGAGAAUGGGCUGUGAUUGGUUCCUUCCUGUACACGGAGGGAUUUUCUCCGUGCAUGAUUUCUGCCCCGGAAUUUUCUCUCCCAUCAAAAAGUAACCAUUCCACCUUAGCUGCACUCCAUGGAUGGCGAGAACGCGAGCCGCAUUGGUUAGCCUUCGAGCCAGUGACGCUUCACAUAAUUCAGAGCUCAGCGGCAAGGAAAGGUGAUUUUUACACAUGAAUUUUUCUUGCAGUGUCAGAGGCUUAUUUCAAAGCAAAGUUUUCGAAAAAUCCAGUCAACCUGAUACGUUUGUGUAACGUUUGCAACAGUGCUCAACCAAGAUACAAACUCCAUCCAAAACAUUUCAACGUUGUCUUGCCAUAUAAAUAUCUGGCGUACCAACAGUGCUUACCUGGCUGCGUAGUGGUAAGAAACGAAACGUCUAACAAGCAAACUUCCAUGGUAUUUGGUAGUCCCGUUAAUAUCCCGCUAACAAAUGAUAUUUCAUGCAAGGCUUAUGACGGAGCUAAAACACAACAACAACAUAAAAAUAAUCCAGAGAAGCUCAAAAGCUCAUCCUCGGAACCUCCAGUUGGAAACUCGAGUGGUAAAGGUAAGAAAUCAAGGCUCUGAUUUCUACUAUAGGCACGAAUGAUCCAUCCGGAUGAUCUUCGGAGAAGAAAGGAUAGUUUAUCUGAUAAUUUAACUCCCGACAAACACCUGUCAAGACAAUCUUCGCUGUUAGCAACCCAGACGAUUGGUCAGAUGGCGUAUUAGAGAAGGGGCAUAAUAGAGUAGGUUUAUUAGAGAGCGAAGCGUGUUAGAGAGGAAACUUAAUAGGUAGGGAAUAAUCCAUCUUGACGAAUGAAUCUCUUGUUUGCUGUAUUUGUAGACAGAUAAACGUUGCGACGAACUUUAUUUUCUUUGCUCAAGUUCGUUAAGACCGAACAUCUUUAAUAAACUGAACUUCCAGCACAAUUUAUAAAUCUAAUCAUUAGAAAUACGUUUUUCGGUUAUGUGGGCGGGGUCGAGGAAGCUUAAGAGAAACGAAUCUGGCCAGAUGGCGUAUUAAAGAAGAGAGAGAAGAUUAUUAGAGAAGGAACUUAAUAGAGAGGGCUUAUUAGAGAGGAGGAUCAAUAGGGAAGGGGCCUAUUAGACCGGGGGAUUGAUAGAGGGUAUCAGAAUUUACGCAACAGAGAAUUGAUAAAUUAACAUGAAUUCUUUUAUUUCUGUUUAGAGGCAAAUUAUGAGAUUCUAGUUUACAUUGCUUCAGGAAAAGUUACCCUCGCCGCAUUUCUACUAUCGUUGGUACUAUUUACUAUAUUGAUUAUGGACUUCACUCUUUGCCGUCGAAAGAAAGGGUUUCUUUACGCUUUGCUUGGCUGUAAAAGUGAUGACGCGAAUCAUUUUUGUACAGUGUAA